CGAGGCGCUGACUCAUGAGGCAGCAUGGCAUCUCGUUUCCGUUUCAGACACACCCACCCCUGUUGUCUCGUUUCGCUCCACGCCCUCGGCCUGCGUCACGCCGAACGUCACGUUCGUCGAGUUGCCUUCUGCGCGUGCAUGCGCGCGCGCGUGUGUGUGGGAGAGAGUAGGGGGUGUGGCUUUGCACUUCCACCGGCUGUACCGCACUCACGCACAAUGAAACAACGAGAGGGGAAUGUAGGACACCACGUUGGGCUUUGAGGGACACGCGCUAGCGGGAUCAAGUUUCCUCGUUUUACUUGUUUGUUCGUUUUUUUUAAAAGAAGUUAGACGUAAUAAAUAAACAAACAAACAAAGUAAUAGGGAAAAAAAAACAAAAUCGGAUUCGCGUGGACCGCGUGGGAGAAGAAGCGAGACCGGUGAAAAGGAUCAUCACUUGUUUCGUUUCAUCGCAGGAACCGGGUAGGAACCGGGCGCCAGCGCGUGUGUUUGCGUGUGUUUGAGUGUACUCCCCCCUCCGCCUCCCAUCACACACCACCCCUUUGUUGUGUCGGCGUGGAAACUACACGACCGACGCCGGGACCAUGUCUGCGUUCGCCGACUCCGAUUAUCUCGCGGCCGAGUGCCUGGUGUCGAUCUCGAGCGGCCCCGUGCUGCACCGGGUCAGGGCCGAGGCGGACACCUCGAGCGAGGACAGGGAAGUCCGCGAGACCCUGAGGCUCCGGGGCGCCGGCUCGGGGGGUGACGUCGCUCUGGCGGAUACGGAGGCCGCUUUCCGGCCCAUGUCCGCGCACUCGGAGAGCAGUAGCAGUAGCAGCAGCAGCUCGUCAUUGAGUUCGUGCGGCGAGAGCGGAUAUGCCACGCAGUGUGACUCGGGCACCGCGACCCCGAACAUGACCCCCACCGGUACCCCGGUUCCGGGACAGACAAACCGCAACGCCCCCCAGCAGAUGUGGGUAGAGACGGUGGGAGUUGGCGGAGGAGGUGUGGGAGGAGGAGGAGGAGGGGCGGCGCCGCGCUCUCCCUCUAAACGCCACUCCUGCACUUACGACGGAUGCGACCGCGUUUACGGCAAAUCGUCGCACCUGAAGGCGCACAUCAGGACGCACACAGGGGAGAGGCCGUUCCCAUGCACCUGGGCGAACUGCGAGAAGAAAUUCGCCCGCUCCGACGAGCUGGCACGUCACCUGCGCACUCACACUGGCGAGAAGCGCUUCCAGUGCCCGCUCUGCGCCAAACGCUUCAUGCGCAGCGACCACCUGAUCAAGCACGCCCGCCGCCACCCCGACUUCAAUCCAUCCAUGAUCGGACGCAGGGGAAAUGGCUCGCCCCAGGGUCCGGGCUCAUCCAUCAGCACGCAGUCUCAAUAAACCAGCAGCAGUUUACCACUUUGCAAUCGGAAGCCAGUUGGACUCAUUAACAUAGCAAUGAAAUUCGUUUUUUUUUUUUUUUUUCGUCUUACAGAGGGUUCGAAGUUCUCAUUUCCUUCGAAUCCUCACCCUCGUCUGACCUCCAAUCCAUUUGCGAGGACGCAAUAACCCUGGUGCAAUCGGAUCAUCCGGCAUGAUCGGCGAGUCCGUGGGAUUUUCGCGUCGUAGAGCCGUUUAGCUGUCCGAGCCUCACCCGCCACAAGCACAACAUGCUAAUCCUUCCAGGCGGUGAAGCCGUUUCGGGUUAACAAGAUGGCCGCCCCGGGACACAGCACAACCCUCACUCUCGGACAGUCUUGUUUAAGUUGUCUUUUUUUAUCUCUUUUCUGGUUGACGGGCGUGGAUGUUAAACACCCUCCCCGGAAAUCAUUCCGGUUUCCUUCUGCGUUCCAAUACUGUCUUUUAAUACAUCAUUCUGUAUCACAGUAAUAAACCUGGACUUGGUUUUCGAGUAAA